UGACAGUAGAGGCGUGCAAAACAGCUCAUUUUGGUGAACAGCUCCGAACCGAUCAGCUCACCAAAGUGAACCGAUUCGAUGUAUCAGCUCAUCAGCUCUUUUAUUUUGAACUUAAGGUUCAUUUUGUGCGCCGUUUUUCUUAUGCACCGGUUUUUUUUCAAAUGCAUGAUCGAAAUUGAAUCAUUGAUUUGCAAUGAUGCAAUGAAUGCCAUGCGAAAUAAUUUAUCUUCAAUUGAUGUCGACUAAAUUGAAUCUCUUAAAGAGCCGAAGAUCCGAUCAGCUCGUAGCGUGUUCCCUGCGUCAUAAUGCAGUGAACUGGGUAGCAAAUGAGUGAGCUGGUGAGCUGCGGUUCUUUUAAAAAGAGCUGUGAGCUGUCAGCUCACUUCAAUGAUUCGAUUCACUGGAACAGCUCAGGAGCGAAUUGCCCAUCUCUACUUGACAGCUCUUGACAAUGUGAUCAUUUUUGGUUGCAGUAAAACAAAUUAAUUCGAUAGCAAUUUGUAGUUUGUUUUUGUGUUUGUUCAUAAUCUGGAUAAGAAAACAUUCUUCAUUACUGACAUAUUAACUGGGGGAGAAAAAUUAGCAAGAUAUGGCUUUGUACGUGCUAUAUGAACAUGCUGCCGGAUAUGCUGUUUUCAGCGUCAAAGAGUUUGAGGAAAUAUCGAUGUUGCUGCCGCAGGUUGAGCAGAGUGUUACCGAUUUAUCGCGGUUUAAUUCGAUUGUUAAGUUGUUAGGUUUCUCGCCGUUCAAAACAGCUGUUGCAGCGUUGGAAAAUGUAAAUGCCAUAUCAGAAGGAAUAGUGCCAGAAGAUCUAUCUGGUUUUCUAGAUAGUGUUCUCCCGAAAGCCUCAAAAUCAAAUAAAUUUACACUUGGUGUGGCAGAUCCUAAGUUGGGAGCAGCACUGGCUGAAACAUUGAAUAUUCAAUGUUCUCAUAUCGGUGCUGUUCCGGAAAUUUUACGUGGAGUCCGUCAUCACUUUCCUAAGCUUGUUAAAGGGUUCUCCGAUAAAAGCGCAGCUGUUGCACAGCUCGGUCUAGGGCAUAGCUACUCACGUUGUAAAGUUAAGUUCAACGUGCACCGAUCGGAUAAUAUGAUCAUACAGUCAAUUGCAUUGCUUGAUCAGUUAGACAAGGAUAUCAACACGUUUUCGAUGCGAAUCCGAGAGUGGUAUUCUUACCAUUUCCCAGAGCUGGUAAAAAUUGUGCCUGAAAAUUACUUGUUUGCUAAAGUAGCACAUUUCAUUAAGGAUCGCAAGUCGUUAAGUCAAGAGAGUCUUGAGGGAUUAGAGGAGAUUAUUAUGGACUCUGGAAAAGCUCAGGCUAUAAUAGAUGCAUCCAAAAUGUCCAUGGGAAUGGAUAUUUCGGUAAUUGAUUUACUAAAUAUUGAAAUGUUUGCUAAAAGAGUUGUAAAAUUGUCUGAAUACCGUCAACAAUUGGCAGAAUAUUUACAUUCAAAAAUGACAAAUGUUGCGCCAAAUUUGCAGUCACUGAUUGGCGACCAGGUCGGGGCAAGGCUUAUUUCAAAAGCAGGUAGCCUCACGAAUCUUGCUAAGUAUCCCGCAUCAACAGUGCAAAUACUGGGAGCAGAAAAGGCAUUGUUUAGAGCUUUAAAAACUAAGAGUAACACUCCGAAAUAUGGACUGUUGUUCAAUUCAACAUUUAUUGGCCGAGCAAAUACGAAGAAUAAAGGCCGCAUUUCGCGAUUUCUGGCGAACAAAUGCUCAAUUGCAUCUCGCAUAGAUUGUUUCACAGAAAAUCCUAGCAACGUGUUUGGAGAAGCACUCAAACAACAGGUCGAAGAACGUCUUAAGUUUUAUGAAUCAGGAGAAACACCUCGCAAAAAUUUGGAAGUCAUGAAGGAGGCAAUGGAAGCAGCUGCUGAAAUCAGUGCUGCCCAAACUCCGGCGAGUGGAAAGAAGAAAAAGAAAAAUAAAAAGCGUAAGCACGAGGAGGAGGUGGAAGAAGAAGAACACGUCAACGGUGGUGCCGACGGAGAACCCAAUGAUACCGCUAACGGAAACGGGGUGCUCGCUGAUACUGAACCGGAUGCUAGUGGUGAACCCAAGAAGAAGAAGAAAAAGAAGAAAAACAAAAAUAAAGACGUGGAAGCAUAAAAUUGGACGAAUUGGAAGUUUAUAUAUGUUUAUUUUUCCCUUAAUAAUUUUUCUGAGCAUAUUAUCUUGCUGUAUCUAUGAUAUAAUUAAAUAUAUUUCUAAACAAUAGUCA